CUCGAGCCUUCACGAGGCCUCUUUUUGGCUCUGCAAAAGUUGCGCUCCCCCCCGGCCAACGGUUGUGCCGGUGCGGAGCGCCGUUUUGAGGCCGCGGGCCUCGCCUGCGGGGGAGCCGGUGCUGCCCCGCCCGCCGCAGAUGGCCACCAAAGGAUCGGUCCUGGCCAAGGCGGGCGCGUCCUCCAUCAAGGCUCCCCGGGUCGUCCCCGCCGACAGCAAGGAGGGCGAGCCCGCGGGCAAGCUGGACCUUCAGGCGGCCCUGCCCGACACCCCGUGGGGCAAGGAGUCCUCGACCGCCGCCGAGAAGCUGGAGUCGCUCCAGGAGCAGAGCGGCCUCGCGGUGGACCGGAGGACCCUGCCGAGGG